AGGACCGUAUGUUCAGGACACAGGGAGGACUCUCCGAAAAACAACUUUGAGAUCAAAACAAUAUCUGAAGAACAAGCAACACAGAAGGAUCAUUUGGGUAUAACGGCCACACCCGAGGAAAAACAUUUAUUUUUAUUUAAUCAGAUAGCACCUGAGUCUGAAGAUGUUCGGAAAGCUUCUCUCUCAGCUGCUCUGGAACGCUGGGGAGGAUUUUGAGGCAGUGGACUCUUAUGAGGAGCUGAUGGAGAGUGAGGAGGGAGGAUGGAUCAUCGUUAAUCUGCCAGAGAACGAGCCCCUGUCGGCCCCCCCGGCGGGCCCCCUGGAGAACCUGCUGAUCGAGCACCCCAGCAUGUCCGUGUACCAAAUUAGAUGCAUGAUGAGCGGAGAGGAGGAGGAGGUUGGCUCUGACGAAGAGGAAGAGGACACCUCCAGGCCGGUGGUGGUGAAGCGGCACAUCUCCUGGCGCCUGGCUGCCUGGGGGGUCCCUCUGCCCGGCCACCUCCAGCUGCUGGCUGUGCAGAGGGCCGGCGCCCAGGCUGAGAGGAAGAAGCUGAGCCGCGGAGGCCUCCACAGGCAGAACCUCGCCAAGAUGCGCUUCUCCCCCACAGAGAAGCGCUACGGACACUUCAAGCAGCCCUGCCAGCGCCUCUGCAACAACUAAACAGGAAAGGGGGGGGGGGCUUCAAGGUGCCUCCACCACAGCCCAGUUGUGCAGCACAGUGCCUUGACUCUGACUUACUCAGGUUUUCAAACCAUUGUUUCACCUCACACAGAUAAUUUAGCAUAAAGCAAAGCACAAUCAGACUCACCACUUCCUGUGCAAUCUGAUUUAAAUGUCAUUAUCCUGCACUGCAGCUGAAACCACUGAGAACAAUCAUUCUUGGACUCCUGAUAACAGUCCGUCCCUCAGGACGGAGAGCAUUAGUUUAGAUUCCUUAGAUAUAACCAGAGGUAGGGCUUUUAGGAAGAGUUUGUGUGUGUGUGUGUGUGUGUGUGUGUGUGUGUGUGUGUGUGUGUGUGUGUGUGUGUGUGUGUGUGUGUGUGUGUGUGUGUGUAUGUUUUUUCUUGGUUUUAUUCAGUAUGUAUUAUUUUAUGUGCCUUAGUUUUAGAUGUUCUUCUAACAAGUGUUUUAAAGCUCGUACCAUGCCACGGUGAGCUGUACAGUAAUUAUGUCGGGUGAAAACCCCCGGGUUUGUGUUUUGAUUACCCACUAUUUUCACGUCACAGAAAUUGUUCAUUUUAGACGAGUGUAAAUACAGUCGAAUAUUAUGUUUUUCUAUGAGUGUAUUUAUAAAAUGUACAAAAAAAUGAAA